CGCCGUCGCCGCCGCCGGCCCCGCCCCCGGGCACCAUGCUGCCCUCGCAGGAGGCCUCCAAGCUCUACCACGAGCACUACAUGCGGAACUCGCGGGCCAUCGGCGUGCUAUGGGCCAUCUUCACCAUCUGCUUCGCCAUCAUCAACGUGGUGGUCUUCAUCCAGCCCUACUGGGUGGGCGACAGCGUGAGCACCCCCAAGCCUGGCUACUUCGGCCUCUUCCACUACUGUGUGGGCAGCGGGCUGGCGGGCCGCGAGCUCACCUGCCGAGGCUCGUUCACCGACUUCAGCACCAUCCCGUCCGGCGCCUUCAAGGCAGCCGCCUUCUUCGUGCUGCUCUCCAUGGUGCUGAUCCUCGGCUGUAUCACCUGCUUUGCGCUUUUCUUCUUCUGCAACACGGCCACGGUCUACAAGAUCUGCGCCUGGAUGCAGCUCUUGGCAGCUCUGUGCCUCGUGCUGGGCUGCAUGAUCUUCCCCGACGGCUGGGACGCCGAGACCAUCCGGGACAUGUGCGGGACCAAGACUGGGAAGUAUUCCCUGGGGGACUGUUCGGUGCGCUGGGCAUACAUCCUGGCCAUCAUCGGCAUCCUCAACGCCCUCAUCCUCUCCUUCCUCGCCUUCGUGCUGGGCAACCGGCAAACAGACCUGCUGCAGGAGGAGCUCAAGCAGGAGAACAAAGAUUUUGUGGGCUCUACAGUAAGCUCCGUGUUGCGGCCAGGGGGUGAUGUCUCCGGAUGGGGAGUCCUCCCCUGUCCCGUCGCUCACUCACAGGGACCCUGAGGGCCAAGAUCACAGCCCAGGACUUGACCUGUCCUCAGCUUGUCCCGUUGCCUGCCCUCUCAUCCCUUCAUUCAAGCUCCGAGGGAAGACCCCAUCCAGGACUGACUUCUCACCUGCUACCUGCCUGUAGCUCCAGGCUUUGAAGAGGUUGGGGCUGGGAUGCAGCGUGGGGGAGGGCCUGAUUCUGCUCCUCCCUCAACUGACCUAAGGGAGCUGGAGCCCUGGGCCCUUGGGCUUCUCCCUUCCUCCCUAGCCCGGCCUGGGGCCCCUGCAGAGUCUCCAGGGGAAGAGGCGCUGUGGUUUCUGUUCCCCAGGCCCUGGCAGUCUGGAGGGCUCCUGCCUGGCUGCAUCCUUGCCUCCUCUGGUCCCUGCCUCCUGCAGAAACUUAUUCAAGACACUGGCCCAGGGUGGACCGGACUCUUUACUAUUCCCCACCACCCCCGAUGAUGGUUCCAUCACAUCAUCACAGAGCUCCAGGCACCACCAGCCUCCUCGGGGCCUCUCUGCUGCCCGCGCCAGCCUGUUUUCACCUCUCCCAAAGGAGUCUGAGCUGCACUGAGGGGGAAAGCACAGCGUGUCCCUUUCAGCUGCUGACGGGGGCCCUGGGCAGCCCAGAGUCUGAGGACAGACAGGCUCUGGAGGCAGUGGGAGGAGGCGCUCUGACUCCUGUCUCGGUGGCGUCUGACCAUGGCAGCUGGGGCUGGAAGGGGCUCAACCCGGGGCUGGCCUGGCCUUCUCCCUGCUGGGAUGUCUCACCAGUGACUGGACCCUUGACCCUGGCCUGUUUUGUACAGCACAGACUUCUUGGCCCUGUUGUCAGGGCUGGGGGUUUGGGAGGGGGGCCUAAGAGUGGGGAAUUAGGGGAUGCAUCACCCCUCUGCCCCUUCUCAUGCCCCCAAUCCGGGCAUCUGCCAAGGGCAGAGACUGUCUUGCCUCUUUGAUACUUUUUCUGCAUAACUUGAACUUGCAGGUCACCUCUGAACAGGGUACCCCCUGUCCCCCAUCCCCAGGCCUUGUAACCCUAUCCCCACCUCCACUUCCUCCUCCUUGCCCACCUCUCGCCUUGCGUUAUGCCCAGGGUCUGCAGCCCAAUGGGCAGUGCUUGGAGCUGAGGCAUGAGUGUGUGUGUGUGUGUGUGUGUGUGUGUGUGUGUGUGUGUGUGAGCGUGAGGGUGUGUGUGUGUGUGUGUGUGUGUGUGUGGUGGAGAGCAGAAGAGGAGUCUUCUUUCUCCCUCCCCUCCCACUGUGGGGGCAUCUCCUUCCCCCUUGGCUGGGAGCAAAUGGAGGAGACUCCAGGUGUUUCUGAACUGCCCUCACUGCCUGGUGGACCUGGUGGUAGGGCCAUCUGGCCUGGGGUGUGGACAGCCCCUUCCAGCCCCCGGUUCAGGCGGCAUGUUGGCUUCAUCUAGUGUGCCUGCUUGUGUCUUCAAGUACCGGGGGGAAGUGGUGAUCCACUGUGUAACAGGAGCAUGAGGCCUCUGCAGGUCCAAUGGGGAAGCUUGUUGUCAUCAUUUCCUGUGUGGGUCUCAGCCAAAGGAGGGGAGAAAAGCAGCGAGUGCCAUGUAUUUGCCAAUCUUGUGUUCAUUUCCAUAGGACUUGGACCUGAGAGGGUUUCCAAGACAGACCCUAGAAAUCCUCUGCGUGAGACCCCCAUCCAGACCCUAACUGGAAUCAGAUGCUGGGUCCUGGUAGGAUUCUUGAAACCUGGAACUCACUAAGUCCUGACCCUCCCUCCUCUUGAGCAAACACCUUUCCCCUGGUGCUCUGGCCCCAGCCCAGUGCUCCCCUCGCCUCCCCAGGGCUCUACCUGCAGGGCUGGGUUGUGCUGAAUGGGAGGGUUGGGGGAGCCUCUUUGGAGGCAGGGGACAGAAGUGAGUUCCUCAAAGAUCCAAACCAAAGCCCAGUGUCGGGAGGCUGUAGGGGGGCAGGGGUGGUGGGGGGUGGGAGGGAGCCAGUGGUUGGGAAGGGGGAGAAGCCUGAGGUGGAGAGAGUGAGAAUGAGUGGAGAGGGAAGAGGGUGGAGAAAGGCAGAGAGGAGAGGAGAAGGGACUGUGAUGCAGAGAGCCUGGGGUGGGAGAGGAAGGUGGCUGGGAAGAUGAAAGGAAUAGGGACAGGGAAGGGAGGCAAAUGUAGGGGUGAGCUGUGGAUGGCAGACUGGGGUGCAGGGGAGCUGCAUUGGGCAGAGGAGCAGGACACUGAGGGAUGGAUGCCCUGCUGCAGGGGUGGGUGGCACCAGAGCCCUGUGCUGGGGGGAGGUCAGAGCCACCCCUCAGAGGCCCAGGCCACUGCCCACCCCUUUGGGGUAGGGGUGCCACUAGAGUGCGGGUUAGUGGGAGGGAAGAGGGAGGUUAACCCCUUUGAGGGGGUCCUGAGUGCCUCCACCCAUCGCCAUGCACCAGCCAGUUGUUGCCUUUGCCAAGGAAGGGCCAGCUCCAAGGUGAACCCGGGAGUGUGGUUAGAAGAGCUGGGUUGGGCCGGCUGAAGGAGUGCCUGCCGGGAGAACACCGGGGAGGAAGGGAGGCUGGAGCGAGCACCAAACCAUAGCCCUGUCCUGAAGCUUCAGCAGAGGCGGGAGCAGAGCCAGAAACAGAUGUUUCAGGUAGGGGCCCCACGUGAGGCUGACGUGCCACCACCUUGUGACUCUGAUGGCUCUCUGGGGGCAAGGAAGCCGUCGUCGUGGACAAGGUGAGGUUUGUGGUUUGCCUUAGCCAACCCCGGCAAUUUGGCUUUUGCCUUUGGGAGGAGACAGAUGCAGAGAUCACCUGUUCCCACCUCAGUAUGGCCUCUAGGACUCUUGGUUCUCGAAAGAAGCUGAGCUUUGAGCAGUCCAGUUGUGACUGGAUCAGAAGGGCCUGGCACUAACAGGUGGUUUCUGCUCUCGUCUGGGGACUUUCAGGAGAGGCCGAAGCAGCCACAACAUAGAGAUGGUUGAGAGCGCUGGUUGGUCAAGUCCUGGGCCUCUAAGAUAUGAAAACUUUCAUGUUUGGGAACCAGUUACCCAUUAAGGAAAACACUGUUUUCCUGAGGGGGUAAGGACCAUGAUUAGGAUUAAUCCUUUUCAGGCCUGGACUGGCUAAGCUGAGAGAUUUCAGAUGAGGCUGCAGGGAAAUCCCUUGGCCUCCUUGAGAUUCUGCUUGAACACAGCAGGGGAAUCAGCCUUCUCCAACUUCCAGUGUGAUUGAGACAAGGGAACCCUCUCUUUGGAGAAGCUGGGACCUUCCCAGCACAAGAAACUUACGCAGGUCCCUGCCUGGCUCAGGGCUAGCCUUCGGGUGGGCCUGGAGUUUCCUGAGAAGGGAACAAGGGGGACAGUCCUUCCCAGAGCUCUGACCAGCAGACCUCAGGGGCCUGUGCUGUGUGUCGUUAGGAUAGCUUGGUGUCGUCUACACCCCAUUAGUAAGUUCUGUCUGAAUGUGUCCUCGCUGUUCAUCGUCCAGUUUGGUAACAUUUAUUUUGGUCCUGACCCCUUCUGCUGCUGCUGGAUUUGAGCUUCAGUGCAGGUGGAAUGAUGUUCAAAUAAAGAAACACUUUAUAUCACCUA